CCAUGCUUCGAUGUAAGAUAACCAUUACGCUGCUCUGCGUCCUGUUGAUUGGACAUAACGUUCACGCGGUGGUUAACAAAGCGCAACCUCAAGUAUCGGUUAACAAGGAUGAAGAGAAACCGAAGAAUGGUGUUCAGGCUGACGAUAGGAUAAGUAAUUCAUAUGGUCCACCUGCCGACGACUAUGGACCACCGAUAGGGUCAAGCAUUAAGGGACCAGCACCGGUGUACGGUCCACCGGAACUGGUAGGCGAUCAAGGACCGACGCCUAUAUAUCCACCACCUCCGCCAGACGUUCCACCACCUGUCUACGGGCCACCAUUGUCUUCAUAUGGACCGCCGCGAAAUAUUAAACCGCUUCACGGCCCACCAAAACAAAGUUUCGGCCCUCCUUUGUCUCCUUUACCCUUAAAGCUGAGCUUUGGUCCGCUGAAACUUCACUAUGGCCCGCCGAAGCAACACUACGGACCGCCGUAUUCAUUCGGUUCGUUUAGGCCGCCGAAACCUCAGUAUGGUCCACCGCUGAAAUUUACUUCCGCCGUGUCUAAUCAAUACAUAGCUUCGGGAGCCUCGAACCACGGGCCAACUAAACCGACACACGGACCGGUUAUUCCAGUUUCCCUCGAUACGUACGGUCCGCCACCUCAAAAACUGGUCGUACAGCUGAAUUCUCAAGCGAGCGACAACUACGGACCACCGUUGCCACUGUCGAUAUCACCGUUGCCCGAGGCACAAUACGGACCACCUACCGGUGAUUUGUUCAGACUUCCUUCGCCGGUUCCUCCGCCAGGAGUACCUGCACCACCUACACCGCCAGAUAUCAAGUACGACGGCUGGCAGCCUAUCGCAGGAUUGAGCAAUCAACACAGACAGCCUGGGAUUAAUUACGGCCCUCCACACGAGGAGCAGAAAAUUUUCGACGUUUCCUCCGUCGGUCUGCAUCUGGGACAACAGGUGACACGUCCUGUCGUCGAGAAUCCGAAUGUACCGAGUGAUUCCUACGGAACGCCGAUUCAUCAUCCGGAAGCUCAGGAUUUAAAGAGUUCGGUGAAUUCGGACGCUAACGGCGACAGAGGACUGCCGCCUCCACCUUUGCCGGAAUACGAGCCUUUCCACAAUGAAAGUCCGCCGAAGAAGGAGGCGCAUAAAGAAACUGUAACAGGUCAGGUUAAUUUGCAGUACGAAGUGCCCAAUGUUGCGCCGCUCUCUAUUGUAAAAACUAUAGGAUUCGAGUUACCGCCUACCACUCCGUCAUUAACUACAGAUCUUAGCGUAGGAUCGCUGGCUUCCUUAAAGUUACCGCUUCUGAGUAGUGAGUCCCACGUAAAUUUUGGUGAUACACAUGCGCUUCAAAAUUUAGGAAACGACUUGUCGCUGUCGCAAUUGUCAGGUAACACGUUGCCCAGUAGUUACGGUUCACCGCUAUCAAGCGUUUCCUUCGUAAAACUUAACAAUAUCGAGUCAGGAAUACCUCUGCCUCCGCCACCUGUACUCGAUUCGUACAGUUCACCUCCACUUUCGUCCUAUUCGCCUAACGGUCCUUAUCCAGCUGCCGAGGCAGGCCGUGCGUCGUCGUACUCGUCGUUCGGACUGCACGGUAAUUCGCUUUACAAACAGAACGUACACCAUCAUCGUCCUCACGGUUCCUUCAGAUCUCCGCCGGCACCGUUCGGUUCCCUGGUACCGCCUAGAAAUCGCGAGCCUGUUAAAUUCAAAGAGACCAUCCCUAGUGGACUUUACACCGCUUUCAAUCGUUAUCUCCCUCCUCCGAGACACUUUGAGCUAACCAAAUCACCGAAGACCUACCUCCCUCCCCUAUCGCUAGAACAGCAACUGCCUAUUGUUAACGUUCCAAUAGCUUUCAACAAAUUACCCAGCGCCAGCUUGAAUUCACCAAUAGCAGCCCCGAACGCACAAUACGGUACACCGUUGUCAUUCGGCGACUUUAACACCCCAGCGCCGGUAUUGACGUACGGUGCGCCUAACUUUGGACCCGCUUCUUCUUUCAUCUCUACCUCGACAGGCAUUGGAAACAAUUUAUACAACAGUAUCGGGAACGCGAUAACCACCACGUAUGGUACACCGGUAGUGAAUUUACCGCUGUCGACAGGUGGUGGUCACGAUUGCGGUUUCCAGCAGACGGCCGCCGGUGCGCACUACAGCUUCGAAGACACCGGAAGUCACGCGGCGGCGGUAGGAUCGCAUGGUCCAAGUUUCGGCGCUUCUCUUUCCGCUGACCUAAAUCAGAAUUCGUUGCUUAAGGUGGAAUCUCUGGCAGACACUUUAGGCGGAUUAGGUUUCUCGCAACCGGUCAGCCAGCUGAGCCUGCAGAACUAUGAUCAACCGAAAGCGAAUCUGAAGGACAGUUACGGUAGUCCAAUAGGGAUUACCAUUUUAUCCAGCGAUCACAGCCAAGCAACGGAUAUCGCGAAUAUACUUUCAGCGCCUCCUGCCGCGUUGCCUAAAGAAUCGUUCUCCUCGGGUAUUCAGUUCGAUCAGAACAGCGGUAUAAGGGCUGAAGCGUUGACGUCGAGCUUGACCAACCAAGGAUUCGCCCAGGCGAAGAACCUUGGCUCGAACGAGCUGGAUACUAGUCAAUUUCUCAAUGCUCACGGUGGCAACGAAUUCUUGACCUUGGCCAAAGGACUGAGCGGCAACGACGCCGACGGCUUCGAGAUUCAGGGGUCGAAGGGAACGUACACGUUGAAGAUUCAACCUGCUGACGGAGGAUUAGGAACGGAGAAUUCGGACGGUAGCAUCAGGCACGAUCAAGUGUUGUCGAACGGUCUUCUGCAGGAUAUUCUCGCAGCUAUCGAGCAACCGGAACAAGGACAGGUCCAGCUUCAGGGUCAUCCGGAGGCGCAAUCGUUGCAGCACGUCUAUAGCGAUUUGCCACAGGCUGAGAGUAUCAACGUUCCCAAAGGACAUUACAUAACGCUGGAUGAGGACAGUCGGGUGAAGAAUGUGGACGAUCUGGUUGGACAUGCCAGCGAUAGGAGCGAGGCUGAAUUUAAUAAAGGAGAGUUAGCGAAGAAGGAGACUGUUGCUCUUUUCUUCAAUAAUCAAUACGACGACUCGAGGAAAGAGACGAGAUCGGUGACGAAAGUGGAGAACGUGCCCUCUGUUUCUUUGGACGACGGGAAGAACGUUAGUCAAGCGAAGUCUUCUUAA